AUGCUGGAAUCUCUCACGGACGUGAGGAUUCCACUGCGCCGCGGCCCAACCCCCGGCCACGAAGUUGCUAUCGCAGUCAUCUCCAUCGCAUUGGGGAACGCUGCCGUUGUUGUAAAUUGGCUUGUGGAGAUAGCGCGGGACAGGGUCGAACUCAAGACUGAAGCUGCGAUCCUGGAUCUGGACCCAGAGGUGCUUGCCCUUGGAGCGGGUGAGGUUGAGGUCGUGUGCUAUGGCGGAGAAGUCGUAUUGGUCUUCCUGGGGUUCGAGGGAUUUCCACGUGUAGAGGUUUUGGAUGCCGUGGAUUUCGGGACGGUCUAG